GCGCGGCCGCGUUGGCCGCACAGGCGCAGUGGGCCUCGGGCGGAGUGGGGCGGGGGGGAGGAGGAAGAGGCGGAGGGGGGUACGGGGGCAGGUCCCAGAAGAUGGCGGAGGCGGGGGAUUUCUGGUAGGUCCUAUUCAGGACGACAUGUCGUGGUACUGUUGAAACUUCAGUCUACCUUGAUUCACAGACAGUUGAGCUUCUCAGCUGGGAAGACUUUUUUUUUUCUCCUGGCUUACUGAACUUAUGAAACCAUGGCAGAAGGAGAGACAGAGUCACCUGGGCCCAAAAAGUGUGGCCCAUAUAUCUCAUCUGUCACUAGCCAGAGUGUAAACUUGAUGAUUCGAGGAGUAGUGCUGUUUUUUAUUGGAGUAUUUCUUGCAUUAGUGUUAAAUUUACUUCAGAUUCAGAGAAAUGUGACGCUUUUCCCACCUGAUGUGAUUGCAAGCAUCUUUUCUUCUGCAUGGUGGGUACCACCGUGCUGUGGCACAGCUUCAGCUGUGAUUGGGUUAUUAUACCCCUGCAUUGACAGGCAUCUGGGAGAACCACAUAAAUUUAAAAGAGAGUGGUCCAGUGUAAUGCGGUGUGUAGCUGUCUUUGUUGGUAUAAAUCAUGCCAGUGCUAAAGUGGAUUUUGAUAACAACAUACAGUUGUCUCUCACACUGGCUGCACUAUCCAUUGGACUAUGGUGGACUUUUGAUAGAUCUAGAAGUGGUUUUGGCCUUGGAGUAGGAAUCGCUUUCCUGGCAACCGUGGUCACUCAACUGCUAGUUUAUAAUGGUGUUUACCAAUAUACAUCUCCAGAUUUUCUCUAUGUUCGUUCUUGGUUACCAUGUAUAUUUUUUGCUGGAGGCAUAACAAUGGGAAACAUUGGUCGACAACUGGCAAUGUAUGAAUGUAAAGUUGUUGCAGAAAAACCUCAUCAGGAAUGACUAAGGCAAAAGUAUCUUCUGUACAGAAAAACAAGAUGAAAGGGACAUGUAAAUGAUACACCAACAAAACUUGGGACUGUAAAAUUGCCAGGAUGCAGCUUCUCCCUUGAUUGGUAUAUGUGUGUAUAUGUACACAGACACACAUAUAUAUUUCUGCAAUCUGUGAUUGCUUCAUCUGUAAAUCUUAAAAAUCUUUGUGUAUUUUACUUAAAACAACUGUAAGAUAUAUAUAUAUGUACUACAUUAAAAAAUGUUGAUUGAUAGAUGAAA